CGCCGGGCUGUCCCGCCCCUCCUAGUCGCGGCCGGCGUCGGUAUAAAGGCGGCCGCCGACUCCGCUACCGUCAGUCCAGCACUCGCAGCCCAUCCGCCGCAGUAGCAACCAACCACAAGCACACCCGCAAACAUGCGCCACCUGAUCGCCCUCCUGGUCCUGGCUACGGUGCUGCUGGCAGCCGAGGCCGGCUACCUGUACGGCGGCUAUGGUGGCUAUGGUGGCUACGGGGGCUAUGGCGGCUACGGUGGAUACGGCCGCUACUACAGCUACCGGCCCACCGUGGUGGUGAGGUCGUACGGCUACCGGCCCUACUACGGAGGCUACGGCGGCUACCGCGGCCACAGCUACUGGUAGAUGGCGCCCUCUACACUGCGCUACACCACACUACGGUAGCGUCGUACAGCUGCAGCCAUCCCUAUUCCAGCCUGCAGCUGCUUCGCCCCGUGGUCUCACAACACCCCCAGUAAUAUUCAUUCACUGUAUAUAUAUGUAACUCAUAACCAUUUCCUCAUGUGUAUCCUGUAUCUUUCACCAAUAAAAAUCUAUCUCAUAUAA